AUGGACGAUCCAAGGAAUCAGGCUGCAUGUGUCGCCUUGCCGCCAUCAAAGGGGCCAAACCUUCAAGUUCAGUGCGCUGUGUCACCCGAAGAGGGUCUCGUGACCUACCGACUUGAGCGUGGAAGCAUCAAGAUGGAGAAGAACGCUGAAUUCGUCGAAGAACACGAUGGCAUGCUGUUGCUCCGACUUGGCCCCUACUCGCCCAUGCUCAACCCAAUCGAAAGUUGCUUCAGCGUCUUGAAGGCACGCAUCAAGAGCUAUCUCGCGCUCCAUACGGAUGCUAGGUCAGCCAUGUCCGACCAUGAGGUCCAACCGCCGGCAGAGAUGGUGCUAGAUACUGCCACCCCGAAGGCCAAGGCAGGCAAGCGCAAGGAGAAGAAAGCGUCCUCGGAGAACAAACGCUCUGUCCGGUGGUGCGAUGAGAGUGUGGCGACACUCUUUCGCCUCCGUUACGACUCGCCUUUGGCAAAAAGGUUCGAGUCCAAGAACAACGCCGAGAAGAAGACGGCGUACGUGAUGUUGGCGGCGGAGCUGAGCGUCGCCAUGGAAAGCGAUUACACUGUGGCUCAGGUCCAGGACAAGAAGGGGUACCAACGGGAAUCUCUCAUGUCUACCGACGCAACCAUUGCCGAUGGCACAAACUCCUCGGACGAAGCCCAAGUAAAGCGUGAGCAUAGUUCGGACGAUGACUACGACAGCGACAAGCCCCCAGAGCGUCGUAAAAAGCCCGCAAAAGUUACGAAAGCCUCUAGUGAAGGCGAGGCGUUGGAAGCCUGUUUUCUCGCCAUAAAGGAGGGACUUAUUCACUUGGGAACGUCGCUGUCUGCUGCGACACCGAGUCCUCCGCCCCCGCCUGCUUCCAGGGCAACUCUGGACGAUGUAUUGCGUGCAAUUCAGGGCCAAUCUGACACUAUGGCGCAACUCCUUGCUCAUUUGGUUGCACGCAAACAAAUAAUGUAA